AUGGGGAUAUGUGAUCAAAGCCUGAUGAUGACUGUUGCUUCUUCAGAGAACAGAUUAAACCAUCUACUUGUGCACAAGAUUGUCACCUAUAUGCAGGAUAUUCUGCCAUUACGCUUAGAGAAAGCACUAGCGACCUCUGCAGCUAUAAGGUCUGAACUGGAGAAGAAAAAACAGAAGAAAUUAGAAGAACAGCAAAGGCUGGACAAAGAAGGAGCUGCUAUAGCUGAGGCUGUAGCUUUACAUGUCCUCAUUGGAGAAGAUACAGAAGAAUCUCAUCAUUUCAUGCUAAAUACAAAUAGCAGAUAUAACUCUUGUGGAAAUUAUAGUAACACUGGGCUUUUCAUGGGUUAUCAAAGCUUUGCAGAGUAUCCUAGUUGCAAGUGGAAUGAGUGGGAGAUCAAACAAGCAUUGCCACAAGGAGUACGUGUAACAGAUCUUCAGUCGCCUUUUUAUGCAGAGAAUUGUCAAGGAACAGAUAUUUCUCCGGGAAUUAUGGCAGCCCGAGCUGUUGAAUCUCUGAAAAUUGCUGAAUGUUCACAGGACGAUCCCUUCUCUGGCCGGGGAGCUGCAAUUGUUGUUGUCAACAGGAUGCUGUGACAAAGUAAUUGGGGUGAUCUUAGACACACAUCAUAUACACUUGUAUAUAACCACUCAGGUUUGUGCUCGUUUGUUUUGGUUAUUUACAUGUAGUCAUCUUAUUACAGAAUGACAUAAAAUGUUUGUAUUAGUGUGUCUGAGCAUCUGUUUGGUUUGGUGAGAAUACGAUGAGAUCUGUUUUAUUUACAUUUGAAGAAAGACCUAUAGAGAACAAUAAAUUGGCAUAUGUAAUUUGUUGAUUUUGUCUA